AUGGAGGAUGCCAUUAAGGAUGCUCUUCGCAUCGAUUUCAAAGUCGAUUUUGCUAUGCAUCAUUUGAAAAGAAUUGCUCGUGCUUAUUUUGGCUGCAUGGGAAACCAAGAGCUUCAGAGCAUAGAGUACAAAUUGGAUGCCUUGAACAAGCAGCGUGCGGAGACAUACAAGGAUUUCAAAGACUGUCUGGCUGAUGCAAAAGACUUCUAUGGCAAGUCUGUCAGCACUGGUUACGGUCGUUACCAGAACAACAGUACGGUUUACUCUCCUUGCCGUACUGUGUUUUAUGUGCCGAGCGAGUUCAUUCAAGAUGGCACGUACAAUAGACUCUCACCACGCAUCCAACAAAGUGGCCUAUUGUCAGAGCUUCUCAGGAUGCAUCCACAAGUAGCUCAAUCUGAAGCUUCAAACCAACAACACCGAAGAUUUUUUCAAAGGAGAAAAAAUAAGAGAAAAAAUAAUGCACUGAAUCGGCAAAAAAAGAAGAAGGAGUAUGCAAGGGUAGCUGCGGAAAAUAGACACUUGACAGGCAUAAUUGAGGGGAUGAUUUCCCAGUACUUGAAAGUUCAAGGCAAAAAUUUUCAGAAACAUGAAAAUUAUGUUUCCCACUUAGCCAGCGAGAAUGAUCAUCGAAGCUUUUAUGCCCAGCUGGAUGUAAUGAAUGGUUUGGCACUUAAUGAAUUAGACAAUCCGUUGUCUAACGAAGUGAAAAAUCCAAAGAAUUCUCAGACCAUCCAGAAAAGCACCAUGAGUGAAUUUCUAAAGAAAAUUGAUGAUGAUGUUGCAAGCAGCAAUGAUUUCUCCGACUUUAUGGUAUGCUUUGAUGGGGAGCACAAAAAAAUUGGAAGAUACAGUUUCCCACUGUCUUUAGUUUCUACUGUGGAAAGAAUCACCAAUGUCUAUGGUGAU